AGGUAGAAAAUGGUUGCCUGCGUUCGCCUACUGUGAAGACUUAGAAUUAGACAACUAUAGCUUUGAUUCUCCAAGUGUUUCAGGAUGUAAAUGCAAUCUGUCUUUAUCCUGAUGGACAGUUAAAUCAUGGACAUGCUGAACAAUUUACCUUGGACUGUCCUUUCAAAAGAUGCUUUGGCUUCUCUCUCGAAUGCUCACUAAGCAUUUGUAGCUGACAAGGAAAAGAAAGAAAACUGUGAACUGGAAAGUUAUCUUACAAUGAAAAUUACGAGCACAUCUUGCAUCUGUCCAGUCCUAGUGUGUCUCUGUUUUGUGCAGAGGUGUUAUGGAACUGCCCACCACAGCUCCAUCAAGGUGACCAGAAAUCAAACCAAACACAUCGAAGGCGAAACCGAAGUCCACCAUCGCCCCAAAAGGGGAUGGGUUUGGAAUCAGUUCUUUGUUUUAGAAGAACAUAUGGGACCAGAUCCACAAUAUGUUGGAAAGCUGCACUCCAAUUCUGACAAAGGUGAUGGGUCUGUCAAGUAUAUCCUUACUGGAGAAGGUGCUGGGACUAUAUUUAUCAUUGAUGAUACCACUGGAGACAUCCACUCAACGAAAAGCCUAGACAGAGAGCAGAAGACCCACUAUGUGCUUCAUGCCCAGGCUAUUGACAGACGAACAAACAAACCUCUUGAGCCUGAGUCUGAGUUCAUCAUCAAAGUGCAAGACAUCAAUGACAAUGCUCCGAAGUUCACAGAUGGACCAUAUAUUGUCACUGUGCCCGAAAUGUCAGAUAUGGGUACCUCUGUUCUGCAGGUGACAGCUACUGAUGCAGAUGAUCCUACCUACGGAAACAGCGCUCGGGUGGUUUACAGUAUUCUCCAAGGACAACCUUACUUCUCCGUAGAUCCUAAAACAGGAGUUAUUAGAACUGCCUUACAUAAUAUGGACAGAGAAGCCAGGGAACACUACUCCGUGGUCAUUCAGGCCAAAGACAUGGCUGGGCAAGUCGGAGGGCUUUCAGGAUCGACAACAGUCAACAUCACGCUGACAGAUGUCAACGACAACCCCCCACGGUUUCCGCAGAAGCACUAUCAGCUGUAUGUUCCUGAGUCAGCUCAAGUCGGUUCAGCCGUUGGGAAGAUUAAAGCAAAUGAUGCAGACACUGGUUCAAAUGCUGACAUGACAUACUCCAUUGUUAAUGGUGACGGUAUUGGGAUAUUCUCCAUCUCCACCGACAAAGAGACCAGAGAAGGAAUCCUUUCCUUAAAGAAGCCAUUGAACUAUGAGAAAAAGAAGUCGUACACCCUCAACAUAGAAGGAGCAAACACACAUCUUGAUUUUCGCUUUUCUCACUUGGGUCCUUUUAAAGAUGCCACCAUGCUGAAGAUCAUUGUCGGGGACGUAGAUGAACCACCACUGUUUUCCAUGCCUUCCUACAUCAUGGAAGUCUACGAAAAUGCCAAGAUUGGAACUGUUGUUGGCACAGUUUUGGCACAAGAUCCUGACAGUGCUAAUAGCUUAGUAAGAUACUUCAUCGACUACAAUGGUGAAGAUGACAGAUUUUUCAAUAUUGAUGCUCAUACUGGAACUAUUAAGACAACACAGGUUCUUGAUAGAGAAGAAACUCCGUGGUACAAUAUCACAGUUGCUGCUUCAGAAAAGGACAAUCCUGGUUUGCUGAGCCAUGUCACAGUGGGGAUUAGAGUUCUGGAUGUCAAUGACAAUCCGCCACAACUUGCCAGGGAAUAUGAUAUUGUUGUCUGUGAAAAUUCUAAGCCUGGCCAGGUUAUUCAUACCAUCAGUGCCACUGAUAAAGAUGAUUUUGCCAAUGGACCAAGGUUUAACUUUUUUCUUGAUGAACACCUGUCUAUAAACCCAAACUUCACCCUGAAGGACAAUGAAGAUAACACAGCCAGCAUUCUGACAAGGCGGAGGAGAUUUAGUCGAACUAUUCAGGAUGUGUAUUAUCUCCCCAUUAUGAUCUCUGAUGGUGGAAUCCCCUCUCUCACCAGCAGCAGCACCCUCACCAUCAGGGUUUGUGCAUGCGAGAGAGAUGGGCGUGUGCGGACCUGCCGCGCGGAAGCGUUCCUGUCCUCGGCGGGUUUGAGUACAGGAGCCUUAAUCGCUAUUCUUCUCUGUGUUGUCAUCCUCCUAGCGAUUGUUGUACUUUUUAUCACCCUGAGACGCAGCAAAAAAGAGCCCCUAAUUAUUUCAGAGGAGGAUGUGCGGGAGAAUGUGGUCACCUAUGACGAUGAGGGUGGCGGGGAGGAAGACACCGAGGCCUUUGACAUCACAGCCUUGAGGAAUCCAUCUGCUGCUGAGGAGCUCAAGUACCGGAGAGAUAUCAGACCUGAAGUGAAACUCACCCCCAGACACCAGACACUGUCCACGCUGGAAAGUAUAGAUGUUCAGGAAUUUAUUAAGCAAAGACUGGCAGAAGCUGACCUAGAUCCCAGCGUCCCCCCUUAUGACUCUCUUCAGACGUAUGCCUAUGAGGGUCAGAGAUCAGAAGCGGGGUCUGUCAGCUCGCUGGAUUCAGCCACGACACAAUCAGACCAGGACUAUCACUACCUUGGUGACUGGGGACCGGAGUUUAAAAAGUUAGCUGAACUCUAUGGAGAAAUAGAAUCUGAAAGAACAACUUAGGGGGUCAAUUCUUACAACAUUCUAGAAUUUGCUUCCUAAGCAAGUGGAGAUAUAACCUCAGCCAUGACAAGGAAGAAGCGUGGAAACAGUACUUGGAACUCAGCAAGUUGUCCACAGCCACUGUAGAAACAAGUGCCCUUUUCACGAUUGAAACUGGGUUAUUUAAUCGGAAGAAAGU